GGUGCAGUAACAACACUGUGCAUAUACCUCAGUUAUUCACUGUGCCGUGUCCCGUGUUAUUACACAGCAAUAUUUGGGGUGGCGCGCCUGUCGCCCGUGUGUUUUGCUGGUCGGAGGCUUCUGCACAGAGAUGGCAAGAGAACCGUAGCAGACUCCGGGGCCUGUACGGUUGGGCAUUUUAACGACAACCGUAACGUUAGAGAAGACACAGAGAGUAGGAAGGAGAGCAACGACGGACGAGAGGAAUCAUGGGACACGGAGUGGGCUGAACCAGAGGGUCUAGCAGCACACCAAUUGUUUCCCACUGUGGUGUAUGACAUGGCCACGGCCUCAUCUAGAACAGAGUCUAGCCAUAACCACAGAGGAACGUCACAGCUCCAUGCCAUUGUGUCCUGUGCCAAGAUCAAGAGGAAGAAGAGCCUGUUUGGGACUGCCAUUUAUGUGGAGGUGACAGCGGAGGGGGAGUCGCGCCGUACAGCGAAGUCUCACAGCUCCUCCAGUCCUAAAUGGGAUGAGAGGCUUACUCUGAAUGUAACACCGCACACACAGGUGGAUUUCAAAGUAUGGAGUCACCACACUCUGAAGGCCGAUGCUCUGCUGGGGAAAGCAACGCUAGACCUAAUUCAAGCCUUGGAGCAGCAUGACAGAAAAUUGGAGAAUGUGAAGGAGGUGCUGAAACUGAGCGUGGAGCAGAAGGGAGCUCUGGUUCCCGUAGGGGAACUGACUGUUUACCUAGAUGGCCUGACUGUCACUGACCAAGAGGAACUGGCUCCGCUUACAAACGGCAAUGCAGCAAAUGGCACCAAAGUCCAACAGAAUGGCGAUGCCAUCCAUGAAAAUGGAGACUCAUCUUCCUCUUCCUCAAGGGCUGCCAACAGCUCAGUGAAUGGUACAGACUUGGGCCCAAGGUCAGGUUCCUGUUCGGCCUCCAACGGUCUGGAUGCUCAGGUGCCUUCCAGUUCCUGCAGCCCUGCCCUUAGUCAUGUCGUCAAUGGAGACACCACACCCAAUAACACCCCGGUCCACCAACCCUCAGACAGUGACACAGAGAGUAGAACGGUCAAUGGGGAGUCCUGUGAUACUGCUCUGGGGCCAUCGUCUGCUACAACAGGUGACGUGCUGCCCCCUGCAGAUGACCAUGAGGACUGCAAUCAAGAUACCACCCUCCCAGACUCUGACACAGCACCAAAUAGCACAUCUCAAACCCAGCCAACCUCCACCACGGCUUCCAAAAAGCCUCCUCUUCUUUUGCUGCUAAGCCACUGCAUGCGCUGCUUUGCUGCCUGCCUGGCCUGACUGGGAGCCACCACCAUCACCACCUCCUCGCCAUCAUCCUCUUCCUCCCCAGCAAUAGGAGAAGCAAAUGCUUCAGGAGGUAGUGGUGCUGGUGGUGCUGGUGGUGCUGGUGGUGGCAAUGGUGGUGGCGGUGGUGGUAACAGCAGUAACAGUGCAUCGGUAACAACAGAUGGGGCCAAGCCCAGGCAGCAGGUCCCCAAUGCUGGAGGCUCAGAUCCUCUACCACCAGGGUGGGAGCAGAGAAAAGACCCUCAUGGGAGAACGUACUAUGUUGACCACAACACAAGGACUACUACCUGGGAAAGACCACAGCCAUUACCACCAGGUUGGGAGCGCCGAGUGGAUGACCGGGGCAGGAUCUAUUAUGUGGACCACAACACCCGCACCACCACGUGGCAGCGUCCCACUAUGGAAUCAGUCCGUAAUUUUGAGCAGUGGCAGAGCCAGCGCAGCCAGCUGCAGGGAGCUAUGCACCAGUUUAACCAGAGAUACCUCUACUCUGCAUCCAUGAUGUCUGCUGAGAAUGAUCCUCUUGGCCCGCUACCUCCUGGUUGGGAGAGGCGUGUGGACUCCAAUGAUCGAGUGUACUUUGUCAACCAUAACACCAAGACAACGCAGUGGGAAGACCCCCGAACCCAAGGGCUACAGAAUGAGGAUCCUCUGCCUGAAGGUUGGGAGAUCCGGUACACAAGGGAAGGAGUUCGCUACUUUGUGGAUCACAACACCCGAACCACCACUUUUAGUGACCCCCGCACUGGGAAGUCCUCUGUCACCAAAGGUCCUCAGAUUGCUUAUGAACGCAGCUUCAGAUGGAAGCUUGCCCAUUUCCGUUACUUGUGCCAGUCCAAUGCUCUCCCUAGCCAUGUGAAGAUCACCGUCUCCAGACAGACGUUGUUUGAAGACUCUUUCCAGCAAAUAAUGGCUCUGAAGCCCUACGACUUGAGGAGGAGACUCUAUGUUAUCUUCAGAGGCGAGGAGGGUCUAGACUAUGGCGGCUUAGCCCGAGAGUGGUUCUUCUUGUUGUCCCAUGAAGUGCUGAACCCCAUGUACUGUCUGUUCGAGUACGCCGGCAAGAGCAAUUACUGCCUGCAGAUCAACCCGGCCUCGGCUAUCAACCCGGACCACCUCUCCUACUUCUGCUUCAUAGGCCGCUUCAUUGCAAUGGCACUUUUCCACGGCAAGUUCAUCGACACAGGCUUCUCUCUGCCUUUCUAUAAACGCAUGCUGAACAAGAAGCUAAUACUCAAAGACCUGGAGUCCAUCGACCCAGAGUUCUACAACUCACUUAUAUGGAUCAGGGACAACAACAUUGAAGAGUGUGGUCUGGAAAUGUACUUCUCAGUAGACAUGGAGAUCCUGGGGAAGAUCACAUCUCAUGACCUCAAACCUGAUGGCACCAAUGUUCUAGUCACUGAGGAGAACAAGGAGGAGUAUAUCGGUCUAAUGGCAGAAUGGAGGUUCUCUCGAGGGGUAGAAGGUCAGACCAAAGCCUUCCUGGACGGCUUCAACGAGGUGGUUCCACUCCAGUGGCUCCAGUACUUUGAUGAAAAGGAGCUUGAGGUGAUGCUGUGUGGCAUGCAGGAAGUAGACCUGCAGGACUGGCAGAGGAACACAGUGUAUCGUCACUACACGAGGAACAGCAAACAGAUCAUCUGGUUCUGGCAGCUGGUGAAAGAAGUGGACAAUGAAGUCCGACUGCGGCUCAUGCAGUUUGUCACUGGAACCUGCAGGCUUCCUCUGGGCGGCUUCGCUGAACUCAUGGGAAGUAAUGGCCCCCAGAAGUUCUGUAUUGAGAAGGUGGGGAAGGACACAUGGCUUCCUCGGAGCCACACGUGUUUUAACCGUUUGGACUUGCCUCCUUACAAGAGUUUCGAACAGCUGAAAGAGAAGCUGCUCUUUGCCAUCGAGGAAACAGAAGGAUUUGGCCAAGAAUAGAGGGAGGAGUCCCCUUGUAUUUCUCUCCCUCCCCCAUCGCUGUUUAUUCAGCCAAGUAAAAACAAACAAACAAAAAAAAUUGCACAAAAUAACCACCAAUGUAUAUAAGCUAUUUUGACAUUUUAAACCAAAUCUUAAUUUGCAGCAUCAUUUUUGCCGCAAUCCUGUUCCCCAGCCCUUAUAUAUUAUAUGAUACCCCAUCAUGAAAUAUGCAAGCAUUUCAGCAUUUCUGCUCCUCUGUUUAAAAACAGAAAUCAUGGAUAUUUUUUUAAUUUCCUCCCCACUGCUGACUGGCUUUUUAAAAGAGACUAAAAGUGUUUUUGAGAGGAUUUUAUAGUUGAAGCGCAAUCUUCUUUUAAAGCUCUAGUUCUAUAGAGCUUCUAAAAGGCAAAAGUAGUAUUGGGGUCUGGUGCCUGAAUUUUUUUCUCCCCUGUUGGACCCAUAGUAAUUAUUUUGCCAUUUCUGCGUGCUUGCAUGGCUGCCUCCGGAGAUGAGAAGACUGCUGUGACCAGCUUCCACCACCACACAUACACAAACAAAGACAUUUUAGCAUGGAUGCUCUGUCUCUUCAUGAGUUUUUUUUUUUUUUUUAACCAUCAUCGUCAAAAAGGCAAAGUGUUCAGGAUUGACUGACCUGAAGCAGAUGAAGAAUAUCCCUCAUACAUUUGUCCCCUCAAUGACAUUCUGGACAACAGCCCAGAGUAUCACCGGAUCCUCCCAUUGGAAUAAAGACACCAGUGUCGUGAAGUUGGUGGAGAACGGCUACUUUAUCAAAAGGAAUAAGGGGAUUCAAGGAAAAUUCUUGAUUUAAGUGAAAGAGUGAACUGUGUGUGUGGUGGCGUCGGGGUCUGUGGUUCAUAGUUCUGAUGUUUAAGCCAGUGACCUCUGGACAUGUUCUGUUCCACCUAGACUGCAGCCCACUGCUUCAGUUAGCAAGGAAGAUACACACCAGGAUGACAUCUCACAGUUUUUAUUCAAAGAUUGAGUUGUUUGGAAAAUUGUCACAACAAAAAAGAGGAAAAAAGCAGAUUCUGGCUGAGUGGUUCUUGUGUGCCUGACUGAUUCGCUUUUGCUUCAUUCAGUUCCGAUCUCGGUAAUCUUGGUGAUCUCUGUAAAGUGAUGCCAGUCGUAUGAAGCCACUGUGAGUUACAAAGCACAGGAAGAUCACAUUUACUUUAACUCCUCAGUUAUUGGUAACCAUUAAAAUCAAAGGCAGCUUAUAAUAUUUCAUCCAUCCAUCUUGAGUUGUAAUAAGGUCCAAAGGACUCCUCAUUCAUAUGAAUGUCCUCCUUUCAGCACAUUCAUACAUGUACUGAAAGAAGCUUCUGUUUCAGCUUCUCACUUAUUACCAACCAUUAAUCACAACUGGAGUAGUAACGCAAUAAUGUCCUUCUAAGUUCCACAUAUAAUGAGGUUUUUAUUUUUUAUUUUGGCCAGUGAUCAUAAAGAAGAUCAGGGGCACUGGACUAAAAAAGUCAAUCAAAUUUUGUGUCUUGAAUGACUUGAAAGCAACAUAUACAAACAUAUACAACUAUAUACAAAUAUUGCAUGCUGGCAUCACAGAGCGGCCACUGGCUAAAUAAAAGAAAAUAAGCAUUUUAACAUUUCUGUGGGGCUGAAAUUUUGGGCUUCUGAAAGUCACGGGUCAUAAGCCUGUACGGUAUUGUUGGAAAAUAACAAUUCUGUCACAUACAGUGUGUAUCUGCUAUUUUCAACAGUGUGACUACAGUAAAGCAACACAAAAUUUAAGCAGUAGUGCAGAGCCCACUUUUCUUUUUCAGUUUAAUUUAUUCCUCCAUGUUCAGUCUCAUUCUCAGGUUUUGUGCUGAGAUCAGUCAAGUCAAGGCUGUUUGCAGAAAACAAAACUAGCCUAAUUCACAUACAAAUAAUGAUUAGAAGACUUCAUUCAUAAGACACUAAUGUGCCACAGACCAAAUAAUGUGUGGAAAACCUUCCACAGUGCAAGCACAGCAGCAAGCCUGAUGAUGCAUCACAUUGUUAAUUGUGUGUUUUUGUUUUUGCACCCCCAUUUUCCCCUUGUCUUUUCUUUCCUUAAAUGCUUCAGGGGACAUGCCCUUUGUUUUUCAAAAUGUCACGUCUAACUCCAUUGUUUCUUGAUGACAACUCUGGUGCUUAUUCUUUCAGUCAGCAGUCUAAACGCAGGAUAAAAAGCUGGCAGUGGCCGGCCAUCCUCCUUCUUUUCUUUUAGCAUUGUGUUUUUUUCAGACCACUGCAGACAGCAGCAAGCUGCUUUAGACUUUCUAGGAGGAGCUUGUGAUUACUCAAGUUAUCAGUGAUGUAUAUAACAUGUAUUCAGCUGUCCCUAUGGAAGAGCUGGAAUGAGGGACGACAGUAUGAAGAAAAACAUUUACUGUAGCAAAAGGAGCUGACUCUUAAGAGAAGUCAAAACUGCAUAACUUUGUGCUUCCUUUUGAACGGAAACCUGUAAUCAAAGAAAAUCAACUGUGUAUGUGAAUAUUCAUUGUAUAAAGAUAAUGAAAGUAAAUAAAGUACUUAAAUAUUAUAAUUAAUUACACAGAGCCGCCGCUCCAUUGAUGGAAAUCUGUGAUGCCUUUGUUCUUAUCAAAAAUAGAUGGGACGCUUCAGGUUGCCUCCAUCGCAGCAAGUAACAAGAUCAAAGAUCACCUGGACAGGUGGAUUCCCUCAAAGCAAAGCUGAGUCAUGAUGCUGUCUAUCAUUUCAGUACGUGAUUACGCUGCAGGGAACUGUGCUGGCUGCGGUUUAGGCAAUCUGAAACGCAUCCAAACUGUAACAUAUCGUGUAGAUACACACUGUAAACACCAACUACACUGUACAGAAUGCCCCUUUACUGGAGACGAUGUGUAUAGAAGAUUCAUUUUUAAUCUGCUUUCACCCACUUUAAUGAAGAGAGAUGGAUUUAUGAGAUACAAAUAAAUAAGUGAAUAAACCCCCUCCAUGACCAUGCUUUCUUUUGUUUGUUGUGUGAUUAUCGGGAGGUGAGAGGCCUUCUGCUCAGGAUGUACAACAAAACUGGUUCUUCUGUUCUGAAAGAAAAAUAAAAUAAUGUACUCUUGGUUUAUCUUUUGUUUUGACUGGAUCUUACCUGUGGAAAGAACCAUAUUGAAUAAAUGUAUCUGACCAUCUUUA